AUGGCCGUGGAGGAAUCGAUACAGCUACUCAAGUCAUACCCUCCAUAUCUGCGAUGGAUAGUACACAGAUGUAACCCGUACCGAGCCGCGAUCAAAGAUCAGUGGGGGCGAGCACGCAACAUCAUUAAGAAAUCCAUCAACGAGAAGAAGGCUACUGGUUUGCCCCUUGAAGAUCCUGCAACCAUGCUGGAUCACUUGACAUCGGGCAAGAACGCUGCGUUGAUUGAUGACUUGGACACCCAGUUGACGCAUCAAAUGACACUCACGGCCGUUGGCUCAGUGACUACUUUUGCCUCAACUAUGCAGUGCUUGUAUGAUCUAGCUGCUCAGCCAGAAAUGGUUCAAAUUCUCCGCGACGAGAUCAUCGCCGUCAAGGGGAGUACAUCCGGCCCCAUGUUCGAUAAGGAGUCUAUACAGCAGCUGAGGAAGAUGGAUAGCUUUAUGAAGGAGUCACAACGACUCUCUUCGCCCGAUUUAACAACAUUUCAGCGCGCUGCCACCGCCGACAUAACACUUCCUGACGGUACCUUCCUCCCUAAAGGUACGAAGCUGGAGACGGCGACGUGUGCAAUCCACGCAGAUGAUGACAACUAUGAAAAUGCUAACCAGUUUGAUGGGCUUCGCUUCUACCGAUUGCGUGAGAUGGACGGGGAGGAGAACAAGCAUAUGUUUGUCAGUGUUGGAACCAAAGACCUUGCCUUUGGUAUCGGCCGACAUGCCUGCCCCGGAAGAUUCUUGAGCGGCAUUGUGAUAAAACUAAUUUUAUCCGAGUUCUUGCUCAACUAUCACAUCAGGUUGCCCGAUGGUGCAAAGCGGCCAGCCAACAGGGAAUAUGAGAUCAGCGUGAUGCCUGAUCCAGAUGCCGAGAUUAUGAUCAAAAGGAUUUGA